AUGGCAGGGUCAGGCCCUUCACCUCGCAAGUCCAGGCGCAAGCUGAACCAAGGCAAUGGCGGCCACAAGCCUGCGUGGGCGAGAUCUGAAGCUCUGCUGGUUCGAGCGCCGUCCUUCCCCUUGGCGGCGUUUAUGUGGCCGGCCCGGACGUCGUCUACACAAUGGGAAGUGCUUCCAGCAAUCUUGAUGGUCGUUGGCCUGUUCCGAUGGGCCGCAGGCCUCUGGGGUUAUUCUGGCUUCCAACGCCCUCCCAUGUUCGGUGACUAUGAAGCGCAACGACACUGGAUGGAGGUGACGACGCAGCUUCCCAUCUCGCAAUGGUAUUUCCAUGACCUGCAAUGGUGGGGGCUCGAUUAUCCGCCUCUUACGGCGUACCACAGCUGGCUCAUGGGCAGGAUUGGAGGCUUGAUCGAGCCCUCCUGGUUCGCGCUUUUUACCUCCCGAGGCUCCCACGACCCGACGUUGAAAACUUUCAUGAGGGCAACAGUCAUCAUUUCCGAGUACCUCAUUUACAUCCCCGCGGCCGUGGUCUUUGCUCGACGAUACAGCAAACUAAAUGGCGUGGCUGCCUGGACCAGCUCCGUGGCCCUCGUGGCCAUUUUGAUGCAACCUGCCACCAUCCUAGUCGACCAUGUUCACUUUCAGUACAACACCGUCAUGCUCGGCCUUGUCCUCGCCAGCAUCAACAGCAUGUCGGCCGAAAGAUACAAGUGGGCGGCUGUCUUCUUCGUGGCCGCCCUUGGCUUCAAACAAAUGGCGCUCUAUUAUGCCUUCACCGUGUUCGCCUACCUGCUGGGGAAAUGCGUGCAGCCUCGUGUCAACGCAAUGCGGCUUGUCGGCAUCGCCUCGGUCACGAUUGCCUCAUUCGCGGCUCUGAUCCUACCCCCGAUCAUCGGCACACUAUACGACAGGCAUAGGGGAGUGGACGCCCGCCCUGACGCGGACGGGCCGCCGCCGCCGCUUCCGCUGCUCCCUGCCGUUGGUCAAUAUCUCGAUAGGCGCUCUGCUCUUUGUGCUGUGGUAGAGCAACUGUUUCAGAUGCUGCACCGCAUCUUCCCCUUCUCCAGAGGACUGUUCGAGGACAAGGUGGCCAACUUCUGGUGCGCCGUCAACGUGGUCCUCAAGCUUCGCAAGUUCCCUGCCGACGUGCUGCAAAAGGCGGCCCUUGGCGCCACGCUCUUGUCCAUUGUACCCCCAAAUCUGGUACUCUUCCUUCGCCCGGAUAAAAAACUCUUGCCGUCAGCACUUGCGGCCACCGCCUGGGGAUUUUUCUUGUUCAGCUACCAGGUCCAUGAGAAGAGCGUCCUCCUCCCAUUGAUGCCAAUGACCCUGUUGCUUGCUGGGAAGCAGGGACUCAAUGGCGACACGCGAUCGUGGGUCGGAUUCGCUAACCUUCUCGGAGCCUGGACCAUGUUCCCACUGCUCAGCAGAGUAGAUCUCGCUGUGCCAUAUGCUGUGUUGACCCUGUUGUGGGCGUACCUUGUUGGACUCCCCCCGACGUGCUGGACCGCCCCGUUCAUGGAGGCCGGGCCCGCACUCAAGCAGUGGGCAAGUUUUAUGAUUCAUUCGUGCUUCUAUGUAUUUAUGGGCAUUUGGCAUUUUGUCAACGCCAUGGUGCCUCCGCCCGCCGACAAGCCGGAUUUGUGGGUGGUGGCCAAUGUCGGCGUCGGUUGCGCCGGUUUCAUGCUGUGUUACUUUUGGUGUUUCUGGAAAGUGCUGGUAGAUAGUGGUCUGGUGACGUGGAAGUCGCCAAAGACGAAGACGCAAUGA